AUGCCCAUUGUGUCCAGCAUAGGUGCGCUCCUGUUCGGCGUGCUCUGGGCACUUGACAGGCAUGUCUUCGAAGGGAGCAUGCUGGACCAUGCCCUGCUGGAGCAAGUGGCCUUGGCAGAGCAGGCCCUCAAUCAAGCCGAGCUUGCCCAUGCCGAAGCGAGCGGCGCUCGGGCCGCCGCCAUCAAGGAGGGUCUCCAGCAGGCCCGGCUUACCCUCAGCCGGGCCGAGGAGGAGGCGGCCCAGGCAUCCGAGGAAGCCCAAGAGGCGCUGCAAGGACUGGAGGCUCUCCGCGCUGAAAGGACUCGGCUGAAAGGUGAGACCGGCCCCGAGGCUGCGAAGCGGCGCCUGCACCACACGGAGGCCCUCACCAAGGAGCAGCAGCAGCUGGAAGCCGAACAGGAGCAGCUGAAGGCGCAGUCCCGGUCCGAGGAAGACAAGCUAGGCUGGCUCAGGCACUUGCGCGAUGUGCAGGAGCACGCCCGGUCGGCAGCCAGAGAGUCCGCUAACAGCUUCAGAGUUGCAUACGGCGACAUUGCCAAGUCUUCGCGCACUUCCGCUACGGCGCGGCCUGGGGCAUCGCCAGGGACUCCAGCGCCCGAGGCUGCGAACCGAGCAGCUCGCAAGCUUUCGCGGCACUUGGAUGAUUUCCUGCGGUUCAUGGCAGAGGCCAUCGCGGCCGGUGAAGCAAAGGAGGAAGCUUCGCAGUCGCCACUCAAGACUGUGAACCUCAACUUGCCAGCGGUCCUAAAAGAGGCCUACAUGGGAAAGUUCGUCCAAAGUGACGAUGGAAUCAGUCAAGCGCAGCAGCUGGACAGCUCGAAGGAGAAAUUGAAGGUCUUGAAGCGGGAGCUGAACGACACAGGCCACCAGAGCGAAAUGCAGAGCCUGACGAAUGAGUUGUCGGAGCUUCGUACGCAGAUCACCGACAGCGAGGCGGGGAGCCGUGAGGACCAGCAGCGGUGUGAGGAGGCCCAGGCGCGACUACGAGAGGGCUUCAAAAAGGCCGGCUACCGCCGCAACGAGGGAACCAAGGGCCGCGUUCUUGCGCGUCGGGAGAGGCUCGAGGGCUUCUUGCAGCUGCAUCCUUUCGUUGCCGUCGUGCUCGUCAGCGGAAGUAUGGGAGAACGGGCGGAUGGGCACUUCUACCUGGGCAGGCCAUUGCAAGACGCGGCCGCCGCGGAAGCUGCAGCUGGAAACGCAGAAGCCUUUGCUGCUGCCUUAUCUGAUCCUGCUUGA